UUUUAAGAUUGGCACCGUUUGGUUUCUAAUGUAGGACAAAUUUUUUGUCAGUAAUAAAUUCGAAAGAGCGAUCUUUAAAGAAAUGUGCAAAUUUAACUCUUAUAAUAUACGUUAGAUAAGGAGCAACCAUCAUUUGGCGGAACAAUGAUAAUCGACUUGUUAGGUGGGUGCCCGACUCGACAAAAUAUCCCGUACUACUCGCCACAGGUCGACAGGGACUUCUUCUUCAACGCUAGUAUGCAGGAAAUAGUACCAGGCGUUUACCUAGGGAACUAUUUCUCGGCACAAAUGCAUUGCUUGGGUAAUUUGUUCGAAAACGGUGUGCGGUAUAUAAUCUGCGUCCGGCAAGAUGUUGAGGCGCACUUCAUAAAACCGCAAGUGAGCGACCCGACAUUCACGUACAUGACCUUAGAGAUAGCCGACAGUCACACGGAAAAUAUAAUCAGAUUUUUCCCCAAAGUUAAAGAGUUCAUUGACGAAGCGCUUUCCAAAAAUUUUAAAGUGCUUGUUCAUGGAAACCAAGGCAAUUCACGAAGCGCCACGUUAGUGAUGGCGUAUAUCAUGGAAAAGUAUCAUUUGAGCACGCUGGAAGCCUUACAGUUUGUUAAGCAGAAGCGAGCAUCAGUUAAUCCGAACGAGGGUUUCCGCGCGCAGCUCAUAGAAUAUGAGCCGAUAUACAAGGCGAGGCAGUCGUUGAGCGCGGGAGAGCCUUCAUUGUCAAACGUUAUUCGGCAAAAGAGGAAAAGCGAACAUCUGGGCGAACCAGUAGAGUGCGAUCUUGUGCCGCCACCGCCACCGAGCCCCGAAAUACUCGACGCCAAUUAUGAAAUGUAUCACCGUCCUAAUUUUAUGGAAUUUUCUAUGGUCUGCGGCCGGGAUUGCCGCGCUAAACGUCAGGUGCAAGUGUUUUCAUAAUCUACAAUUGACAAUUGCCAGUUUUUCGAAAGUAGUUGUUUACUACCAUACAGUUUGAUCUCUCCAAACUCUCCUUAAUUUUUACAUGAAACGUUGCGAGAAUUGAACAUUGUUUCACUGCCAGUAAAUCCUCCAUAAAUUGUGCUGUAGUUCCGGUCAGAGUAUUUUCUCCCACGCCUCUGAUAUUGUUCCAUUGUUUUGAUUGUUAGUGUGUAGUUGAGAGUAGCCUCCAGCUUUUGCCCUCCCUAUUUUAGUGGAGGUGUCUGUAAAUAUCAAAAGAGGGAGAUUAUUUUUGUACUUUUGUAAAGACUCAUGUGUUGGGUUUCUAGGUUAAUAAAAAAAAAAGAAUGUUCUACCUUU